CUUUUCCGUCCAUUUUGGUUGGCUAAGGCUAAGAUAACGCUGCUAAGCUAACUCGGUAAGGGUUAGCGCAUUUGUGUGGCGUUCGCAGCCGCAACCAUGGAUGACGGCGACGAGCUCGGGAUAGUUCUCUCCCACAACACCUCCGCUGGCUCCAAGUCGGGGGGCGACAAGAUGUUUUCACUCAAAAAGUGGAACGCCGUCGCCAUGUGGAGUUGGGAUGUCGAAUGCGACACUUGUGCCAUUUGCCGGGUGCAAGUGAUGGAUGCUUGCCUCCGAUGCCAGGCGGAAAACAAACAAGAGGACUGUGUUGUUGUUUGGGGAGAGUGUAACCAUUCGUUCCAUAAUUGCUGCAUGUCCCUUUGGGUGAAGCAGAACAAUCGCUGUCCCCUCUGCCAGCAGGACUGGGUGGUUCAGAGAAUCGGCAAAUAAGGCCAGCUCCUCGGCGACGCGAUUCACAGACGUCACCUUUUAUGCACCCGAGGGUGGGCACAGAUCUGGCCGUGAUCGUUGCGACGCCUCGCGCAGAGCCGCUUUCUACAAAUCUCCUCGGCCAUUUGAUUGCAUGUUCCAGUAUUCCCAGUGUCAGAGGUGGGCAAUGAACCAAGCAGGUGGAUGCCACACACACACUCUGACUCGUGGCUUGCGGAAGAGUCACGAGGAGAAACGAGAUGACACUUUGCAGUGUGUGGUCAUUUGUUAGCUUUACAAUUUUUGUUUGUUGGGGGUGUUUGCCACAUGUCAAAUAUGUGACUAAUUUUCAGGAAUAAAGGUUUGUGUAUGGCUGUAAA